CCCAGGAAGCCGUGGUUGCUGCCAUGGCCAGAAGAGCUUUAAAACUGGCUUCGUUUGCCACUGUGGCUGUUGCCACCACUGGUUUUUACCUCUACAGCAACAAACCCCUGGAUCCCAAUGAUUUUGGAGUUGUUCGAGUUGGCAGAGCAGUUGCUACAACUGCAGUUAUCACAUAUGAUUACCUCACAUCCCUGCGGAAUGUUCCCCGUGGGACAGAAGAAUAUGAGUAUGUCAAAUCACAGGUGCACCUGCGUUCAGCUGAACGUCUCCGAGAUCUGUGCUGUGCCAACCGAGGAACUUUCAUCAAAGUGGGACAGCACCUGGGGGCUCUUGACUAUCUCUUGCCGGAGGAAUAUACCCACACGCUUAAGGUAUUACACAGCCAAGCUCCACAGAGCAGCAUGCAGGAGAUUGAACAAGUGAUCCGGGAGGAUCUGGGCAAAGAGAUUAAAGAGUUGUUUGUAAGUUUUGAAGACACACCAUUGGGGGCAGCAUCUCUGGCUCAGGUUCAUAAGGCUGUGCUACGGGAUGGGAGGACGGUUGCGGUGAAAGUCCAGCAUCCAAAAGUUCAGGCACAGAGCGCCAAGGACAUUCUACUAAUGGAGGUCCUCCUCCUGGCUGUGAAGCAGAUCUUUCCAGAUUUUGAGUUCAUGUGGUUAGCAGAAGAAGCCAAGAAGAACUUGCCUCUGGAGCUAGACUUCCUUAAUGAGGGGCGGAAUGCUGAGAAGGUGGCUCAGAUGCUCAAACGCUUUGAUUUUCUGAAGGUCCCCAAGAUUUAUUGGGAUCUCUCAACAAGGCGUGUUCUGUUCAUGGAGUUCAUGGAAGGUGGACAGGUGAAUGACAAGGCCUACAUGGAAAGGAAUGGCAUCAAUGUCAAUGAGCUUUCUCGCAAUCUGGGGAAACUGUACAGUGAAAUGAUCUUUGUGAAUGGCUUUGUACAUUGUGACCCUCAUCCUGGCAACGUGUUGGUGAGGAAGUGCCCAACCACAUGCAAGACCCAUAUUAUACUUUUGGACCAUGGGCUUUAUCAGACCCUGACAGACAGCUUCCGCUUGGACUACUGCCGACUCUGGCAGGCCUUGAUCAAAGCUGAUAUGAAGCGGGUGAAAAAAUACAGCCAGAGAUUGGGAGCCGGUGAUCUGUACCCCCUCUUUGCUUGCAUGCUCACUGCCAGGUCUUGGGAAUCCGUCAACAGGGGCAUCGACCGAUUGCCAGUUACAGCAAAAGAGGAUGUGGAAAUUCGGACCAAUGCUGCUGCUUACCUACCUCAGAUCAACACACUUCUCAACAAUAUCCCUCGCCAGAUGUUGCUGCUACUGAAGACCAACGAUUUACUGAGGGGAAUUGAGUCGGCUCUGCAAACACGAGCCAGUGCCAGCUCCUUUCUCAACAUGUCCCGCUGCUGCAUCCGAGCUGACUCCAUGUAUCAGAGGAGCAAGACUGAUUCCCUCUACAGAAAGGCACAAAUAUCCCUCUCUGAAGCCCUGGGCCUGUGGCAGAUCAGCUUGUACGAACUCUUCCUGCGGCUGAAGGGCUCCCAGCUGGGGAACUGGGUCAGUGCUUUCCUUAGCUGGAUGCACCAUUGUUCAUAGUGAGACGAACUGAUGGGAGAAGCCUCGGCCAUUGUUUCUUUGACUUUCCCAACUGUAGCCAUCUGUCCUUAUUUAUUCCACUGGAGUUUUCUUGUAAAACAUAACAUGGUGCUGUCUCUUGUUGUCUUUCUCAGUCGUGCUAUCUCUGGCAUGGAAAUGGGGAGAAAAGUGCAAGGCAGCUGCUAGAGUUCAGCGGGCGCCAGAAAUCCUGGUUUCCAGUUUCAUAGUUCAUGGAAGAGGUAGCCUGGGUAAGGGAGCUUGAAGUCUCUCACAUUUUGGGGGAGUUGCUGGUACAUUUUUAUAGGUCCAUACAGAAAUCCAUAAUACAUCUUAAAAAUCCUCACAGAUGAGUUCCUUAAUAAUAUAUUGGUUUCUCCAGUGGGAAUUGCAGAAUCCCUGCACGAAUCCCUAUUUCCACUAAGAUGUUCUGUAACCAAGUGGCAGUCGAGUGGACAGUGGACUGGAAGGCAAUCUGUUGUCUGCUGAGUUAUAGGCUGUGAAAUCAGAGCUGGAUGUGAGGACCUCUGCCUUCUCCUCCACUUCUGCCACUGAAUGAUUGUGGGGCUUUGGGCAAACCAUUUGCAUCUUCUUGGCCUUAAUUGCCUGAUUAUAGAAUGGAGAUAGCACUGCCAGCCUGUCUUUGAAGCAGCCAGA